CGAAGCUUUUGUUUGUUCAGUAUCUAGCAAUGGCGGAAAACGGAGAGGAAAAGUUAUUUGCCGUCGCUCGGCACAUAGCCAAGACGCUGGGCCAUAAUGAUUCUAUGGCCGACGAUAUUCUGCAGAUCUUCUCCAGCUUUGAUGGCAGGUUGUCUCGUGAGAAGUUGUCAGAGAAGUUGAGCGACGACGAUUCUCGAGGAUGUGCGGCGCUAGAACACACGCUUAAGUCUUUGGAGCGGCAGAUCUCUCAGUACAUCACCGCCGAUAAUCCGAUCUGGGCUGAUCCAGCGGAUUCUUCGGCUUUUCUUGACUCUAUCGAGGAGUUGAUUGCUACCAUCCGGGGCUGGUCUCCGAUGGCCAGUGAGAAGAGCGUUAGCGCGUGCUUAGUACGCGCGGAGGACCUAAUGCAGCAGGCUAUGUUUCGCGUGGCGGAGGAGUUCAGGUCGUUGAUGGAACGCGGGGGCGAGUCGUUUGAACUGAACCAGUCUACUCGGAACGUCGCGUCAUUUUACUCGGAGGAAGACGAAGAGGAGGAAAACGGAGGACUUAUUGCCAACGACGAGGACGAGGAGAUCCCUGUAGCGCAACCUAUCACUGACUACGAUAUCAUCAUCGAUUCACUCCCAUCGGGAACCAUCAAUGACCUGCACGAGAUGGCGAAGCGAAUGUUGGCCGCAGGGUUUGGCAAGGAAUGUUCGCAUGUGUACAGUAGCUGUAGGAGGGAGUUUCUCGAAGAAAGCAUGUCUAGGUUGGGUCUACAGGAGCUAAGCAUCGAGGAAGUCCAUAGGAUGCCAUGGCAGGACCUCGAAGACGAAAUUGAGCGCUGGAACAAGGCUGCGAAUGUGGCGCUACGCAUACUCUUCCCCAGCGAGCGCCGUCUCUGCGACCGUGUGUUUUUUGGACUCUCAUCCGCAGCCGAUCUCUCCUUCAUGGAGGUCUGCCGCGGCUCCACGAUCCAGCUCUUGAAUUUUGCCGAUGCUGUUGCUAUUGGGAGCCGAUCACCGGAGCGACUUUUCAAAGUAUUGGACGUGUUCGAGACUUUGAGAGAUUUGAUGCCAGAGUUUGAGUCACUUUUUUCUGAUAAUUACUGUCUAAUCCUUAGAAACGAGGCCAUGACGAUAUGGAAACGGUUAGCAGAAGCGAUUAGAGGGAUAUUUAUGGAAUUAGAGAAUUUGAUUCGCCGUGACCCGGCCAAGGCCGCCGUGCCCUGUGGUGGGCUCCAUCCUAUAACCCGCUACGUGAUGAAUUAUCUUCGGGCUGCAUGUCGGUCAAGGCAGACCCUGGAACAGAUUUUCGAGGAAAAUGUGAACGUUGUUGAAAGAGGGGCAUCUGCGACUUCGUUAUCUGUGCAGAUGGACUGGAUAAUGGAGCUGUUGGAGAGUAAUUUGGAGGUGAAGUCAAAGCUUUACCGGGAUCCUGUCCUUUGCUCUGUUUUCUUGAUGAAUAAUGGGAGGUACAUUGUUCAUAAAGUGGAGGGAAGCGAAUUGGGGUCCCUAUUAGGGGAUGAUUGGAUCCGUAAACACAUUGCAAAGGUAAGACAGUACCAGAUGAACUAUCAGAGGAGUUCAUGGAAUAAGUUAUUGGGAGUUCUGAAGCUGGACAAUACGUCGGCUCCUAAUGUUGUAGCAAGGUCUAUGACACAGAAAAUCAAGCUUUUCAAUUCGCAGUUUGAUGAAAUAUGCAAAGCACAAUCUGCAUGGGUUGUCUUUGACGAGCAGCUGAGAAAGGAGUUAAGGGCAUCGGUUGCUAAAAUCAUGUUGCCUGCCUAUGGAAACUUUAUUCGAAGGUUUCAGACUGUUCCAGAUAUUGGGAAGCAUGCCGACAAGUAUGUUAAAUACAGUGUGGAGGACAUUGAUGCUCAAAUUAAUGACUUGUUCCAGGGUGGUAGCGGAUCUGCUGGUCGCAGGAGGUGAGGUAACCACUACUGCUUUGUGCCAGUUACUUUUCUUGUAGUUUAGAUUCAUGUGUAAUACAAUGCUGAUAAUUUAUGCUUAUGUGAUAUAAACUGUAUGUGUAUGUUCAGCACCUUUUGUUUCUCCCCCUCCCUCGUGAUGAAUGGAAAUCAUGGACAGGGAGCAACAUUAAUUUGAGGGGUAGGCAUAAGGGUAGUCUCUGUAUAUGAUCAACCAAUCAUUUUUUUUUUGAAUUGUUGGAUUUAUAUGAAAUGAAGAUAUUGUGAUAUAUCUAUUUGGCAA